GAUCCUGCAUCGUCACAGAGCCUGACGGGGAGCAGGUCUCGGGAUCACCGCGAUCUUGUUGCGGGUCGGUGCUGGGACCGGGGGCUGGAGGCUGGGACUGGACGGGGAGGAGACUACUGGUGCGGGGUGGUACAAUGUGGCGCUGCAAAGUCCUCCUGCACUCACAAGGACGCAUGAGAGCUGAGGAUAGUCGGAGCAAACUGAAGCAAAUUUGGUGUCCUAGUCAGUCUACCUCCCAGAGUGACCAUGAGAGUCCUGCUCCUCAUCUGUCUGCCAGCUCUGCUGCUCGCCCAGGCUCAGUACCAAGAACGGUUUUCUUUUUUGGAGGACUAUGGGCCGGAUUAUUUUCCAGACUCUGAAAAUCCUGAUUCUCCUCCUGGAACCUUCCAGCAACAGGUUCGCCUCGAGCCAGUGAUCCGUCCAGAAAAAUCCGAGUCCGAUUUGGAGACGGAGCCAACAGAGCCUGGCCCUCUGGAUUGCAGAGAGGAGCAGUAUCCCUGCACCAGACUCUACUCUGUUCACAAGCCAUGCAAGCAGUGCUUAAACAGCCUCUGCUUCUACAGCUUGCGACGGGUGUACAUCAUCAACAAGGAGGUUUGCGUUCGGACUGUGUGCGCACAUGAAGAGUUGCUCAGAGCGGACCUGUGUCGUGAUCAGUUCUCUCGCUGUGGCGUAGCGGCGCUGAGCGGCCAGUGUGCAUCAAUAGGAGGAAGCUGCGGAAAAAGCUGUGGUGGCUGCUGAUUGAGAACAGAGUUCAGGGACACUACCUGCCCAGACACUGCCGCUUUUUCAUCCACAUCCUCUUGAUCUGUCUUUCCUCCUCCACGUUUCUCCCCACUUUACCUUAUUACUCCUUUUUUGUUGUGUCCAUAUUUCUUCUUUACACAUGUAUGUCUGCCCAGUAGAUCUGGUGUGUAUGGAUGAAUAACCUCCAAAAGGACAUUGAUGAUUGUAUGAAUCACUGGUGCUAUAAAAUAAUCACACUGGUGCAAUAAAAACUAUUAGAGAUGCACAUAAAACUGCAGAACAUUUUUUUUGUUAUUUUUAGCAUAUUGCACCGUAUUAAUCUCAUGCUUUUUGUUUGUUGAUAUGUUACUGUACUUGUGUUGAAAAGCAGUCAUUCUCAUGAUGAUCAAGGUAUCAAUGGUGGCCACUGUGCACUGACAUCAGACACAACUAAUCAAUAGCUAGCCAUAAUAGAUCAUGAGAUGUGUGAAGAAACAGGUGGUGAGUGACCUUAGUUUUUGUACUAUUGCCUCCUGAAUCUGUACUUAGCAACCAAGCAGCAAGCUAGCUAUAUAUAUAAAAAAGCUCAUUUCAGUGGCAGCAAGUGCUUUAAAAAGGCUUCUCACAAACGGCCUCUGUAAUACUGCUUUGUAAAACUGUCACUAUAAAGACUGAGAAAAAAAAAAAAAACUUCAGAUAUUCAGUGUAUGAUUGAGUCAAAACAUGCAGAUCAGUGCGCUGUGAAAGGUAUUUAUGAAAUACAUGAUUUAUGGUGCACACUGAGUUUAUUCUCUUGCAGACAUGUGGCUUCCAUGUGUAUUGUCCAUACAAGUCAUAUUGUUGUUGUUAAUCAUCAGUCUGCCUCUCUCUAUACAGUAAGAACAAUGUAUAUCCAACUAGUCAAACUAAUAAAAACAUACUGUACGUAUACCAUC